GAUUUCUCGUGAUCCACAAAAUGUUUGUCGUCCUCCAAUAAACCAUCUUUGCUCCGACGUCUACCACACGUACGUAGCAUGCCACGACAAAAUAGUGUACGCCAGUUAGUGAUAUUGUAUUUGUACUGGGGUAUUUCAGGGAUCCGCCCCCCCUUGGAUCCUUUUGUUGUGGUGUCACAAACACCUGUGGACGUCUUCUCUGUAUCGCAGUGCUCCUUCUGAUACCAGCACCAUCCGUCUGCCAGGAGAAACAAGUAGCCGUUGUUUCUGACACUUGAAGUACUCGGAGACUCAAAGCAGACGAUAUCAGACUUUGCCGAUUGGCUGGUCGAUCCAAAUAUCGAGAGAGUCGAUACCAAGGGUGAUUCCAAUUCCAGUAGCAAUGCUUGAAUGUCCAGGGUGAGUGGAGUGUGUGGAUGUUGGAUCGCUUCCAAUCGGUUGGGAAAUGUGGGAUAUGAAGAGGGUGAAGACUGCUGGCAUGACUUGGACAACACCGAGUACGACUGCUGGCCAAGCCACAACCCCAACGACUACAACAUGAUCAGCUGUGGUGGUCUGGAGAUGGCUUGGGUGCAGCGUCCUCCAGAGAAGGUCAGCAAUGGAGAAGAGUUCAACGUGUCCUACACCGUCACAGCUUCUGACGCCUUCUACGACUACGCCGUCACCAACAACAUCUUCCAGUUCAGUGACGCCAUGGAGGCCAAGCGGUUCUGUGAGGAACAUCAGUGUCCAUCCAACUGGAAGAACGCCAAUGAGAUCAACUGUUGUGUUUAUCACGCCAACAUCCACUCCUGUCCUCUAGGCCUCAUGAAACAAGGCGGCAUCUGUGGCCCGUGGAUUCCUGACGAUGGCAAGAUCGUGACUCACACGGUGUCCAAAGCAGGCACCAUCAGUCAGAAGUAUUGGACGUCAAAGGUGGUGCUGAUCCACGUGGGAGUCACUUCGGUCAUAGCUCACAUCAAAAUAGGAAAAAUGCAUGCAGCGUUGGAAUCCAAAGUACUGGUGGUCAGCGCUCAGGUGUGCGGGGACCACGUCUGCGAGGUGGAGGAGAACUGUCUCAACUGUCCUGCAGACUGUGGCAUCUGUCCCAUGUCCAUCGCCAUCAAGGUGUCCAUCGGGCUUCCCGUCGCUCUUUUCAGCGCCGGCUUCAUCCUGACCAUGGUGUGGCUCCAGUACCAGAAACAGAAGAUGUUCUGGGAUGAAAGCUGGAUCAUUAACUACAAGAAUAUAUUGUUUGGUAAAAAAAAAAAAAAAAAAAAGAUGAAGUUGAAGAAGUGUUUUGUACUGCUUGUAUGCUGUCCUUGUGUUGUUGCUGCAGGUCGAGUGUGUGGGACAGACUUUGGCAGCACCAACAGCCCCCAGCGAGUGAAGAGUACCUCCAAUGUCAGCCAGCUGACGGACGUCACCAUGUGCACCGGAGUCAACACCUUCCUCAAGCAGGGCUUCAUCCAGCCUGCCAGCUACGAUGGAAGAAGUGUUGCCAUCAAGCACAUCCAGAAGAAACACUUCACUCUCUCCAAAAGCAUCAGGAAGGAAGUGAAAGAGGUCAGGCAACUGGACCACCCCAACCUCUGCAAGUUCAUGGGAGGCUGCAUCGAGGUGCCGUACAUCAGCAUCAUCACGGAGCACUGCCCCAAAGGAAGCCUGGCUGAUGUCCUCCUCAACGAGGACAUUCCCAUCAACUGGGGGUUCAGACUGUCCUUCGCCACCGAUGUUGCCCGCGGGAUGGCCUACCUGCAUCAGCACAAGGUGUUCCAUGGAAGACUCCACUCCAGGAACUGUGUCAUUGACGAUCGCUGGGUGUGCAAGAUCUCAGAUUACGGCCUCACACUCUACCGAAAGGAGGACUUUGACGCCAUCAGCAACGGGUUCACCUGUGGUGACGUCAACCGCCUCUACUGCGCUCCGGAGGUCCUGCUGGGGAGUAGCUCCAACAUGACGGCAGCAGCAGACGUCUACAGCUACGCCAUGAUCCUGGUGGAGAUAGCCACUCGCUCAGACCUCAUCUCCGACCAGGGAGAGGGCGGGAGGAUGGACAUCACCUGGCGCCCGCCUCUGCCACAACUCAAAGCGGGAAAAAACGACUUGGACUGUCCCAGUCAGGAAGACUACUGUGAGCUUAUCAAGAAGUGUUGGUCUCACAGCGUGACCACCAGGCCCACCUUUGAGCAAGUGAAGAAGAUGCUGGACAAGAUGAACCCUCACAAAGUCAGCCCUGUGGACAUGAUGAUGAACCUGAUGGAGAAGUACAGCAAACAUCUGGAGGCCAUUGUUGCUGAGAGAACACAAGACCUUCUCCAAGAGAAACAGAAGACCGACCUCUUGUUGUACAGCAUGCUACCAAAGCCGGUGGCAGAUGACCUCCGCCAAGGCCGAACCACAGAAGCUCAGAGCUUCUCCAACGCCACCGUCUACUUCAGCGACAUUGUGGGCUUCACCCAGCUGUCGGGUGCCAGCACUCCCUACCAGGUGGUGGACUUCCUCAACCAGCUGUACACCACCUUUGACGACAUCAUCGACAACUACGACGUCUACAAAGUGGAGACCAUUGGCGAUGCUUACAUGGUGGUGUCAGGGGUGCCCAAUGAAAAUGGCAUCAACCACGCGGGGGAGAUAGCCAGCAUGGCCUUGGACCUGGUUAACGUUUGCCACUCGUUCAAGAUCCCACACAAGCCCCACAUGCAGCUGAAGAUACGUGCAGGCAUCCACUCGGGACCGGUUGUGGCCGGUGUGGUUGGCACCAAGAUGCCGCGUUACUGCCUGUUUGGGGACACCGUCAACACGGCGUCACGGAUGGAAUCCACCAGUGAAGCUUUAAAGAUCCAGGUGAGCGGCGCCACGGCUGAGCUGCUUCACACGUUGAGAGGAUACCUUCUGACCUGCAGAGGAUCACUCAACGUCAAGGGCAAAGGUGAGAUGACAACAUGGUGGCUGGAAGCCAAGAGAGACGAUCAAACAGAUCCACUGCUCAGCACGUCUGUGCAGUCCAGAGGCGGUCCUGUGCCGGUUGGCGACUGAAACGGAUGUGUGACACCAUACCAACAUAACAUAACCAAGUGCAAUAACUGAUCUCUUGUCAACUGUGUUUUAGUGAUUGUAGUUUCUUUGUCCAUAUUCUGUUGACUGAUGAGACUCUGCUUCUUAUUAAGUGUACUCCUUUGUGUAUGUAUACUUAUGACAAUAUUGGGCACAUCUGCACUGAGAUUUCCACUCCAAAUGUCUCAAGUGGUGCCUUGAAAUACCACUCAUUUGAGAGGGCUCGAUCGGAGUUGGGUGGAAUAGCCAAAAAUUGUACUCAAAAGACCUGAAGGAAGUUGUUCAUUUAGAGCAGGGGUGGAGGGCCACACCGACAAUAUUUCAAUUAAAUUUUGCUCAAAUUAUUUUUGAUAUACCGUAAGAUAAAUAAUAAUAAUAACAAUAAUUUCAUUUAACCUAAUUUAACUUUAUACAAAAGCAGAUUGUUUUUGAUGGUUUUAUUUUUAACACUGUCUUACACAACACUUCCUGAUGUAUAAUACAAUGCAAAAAUGUCCAUUUCUGUCGCUUUAUCCUGCAUCCUCUUUAAAAGUCCAACAUUUUUCCCCGUCAGAUUUGGACAACCAUCUGUUGUCACACCUGCCAGCUUGUCCCAUUUCAGUCCUAACAUGUCCAAACACGCAUUUACCUAUGUGAACAAGUCAUUACCUGUGGUUGUCUCUUUAAUUGACUGCAUGGCUGCCAGCUCCUCCGUGAUUUGAAAGUCUGCAGUUAUCCCACGUAAGAAGAUGAGCAGCUGGGCGGUGUUACGUACAUCGCAGCUCUCAUUCAAAGCCAGCGAAAAACAGUCAAAGUCGGCCGUUCUGUUCUUCAGCUGAAGCUCCAAGUUUCCAGCGAUGGUCUCAACCUGCCUCGUUACAGUGCGUCGGGAGAGUGACACGUUCUCAAAUGCGCCCCUCUUCUCCGGGCAUAUCAGCGCAACAGAAUCCGAUAAGCACUCCUUAAUAAACUCUCCAUCAGAAAACGCCUUUUCUGGCGAUUUUGUGAGAAAUGACGAAACUUGUCCUGAUGGCUGCAUCUCUGGGGGUGUGAAAUUUGGCAAGAUGUCCUUGUUGGGUUUGCAGUUUUACCAUCAACGCAUCAGCCUCCCUUGCGCGCGCUUCAUCAGACAGAUUCCGAUAUUUUUCCUCGUGCUUCGUCGUGUAGUGGCGAUUGAAAUUAUAUUCUUUAAACACAGCAACCUGUGUACCACAAAUUAAGCACACGGCUUUACCUUUAAUUUCUGUAAAGAAAUACUUGGCAGUCCAUGUCUUGUUGAAAACACGGCAUUCGUCAUCAACUUUUCUCUUUUUAGCAUCUCUGGGAUAACCGGGCAUCACUUGUCGCUGUGCACCUUCACUCACAGGUUACACACGGACAUACGCCCAUUAAUAACACUUUUCAAAAUAAAAGCAGCACAGUUGUAUUGCACGCACGACAGAUGUUUUUUUAAAUUUAUUUUGUAAUUUGUGAUUGCCGCUGUUCACAUUCACUCACAAUCACGCACGAGCAUACGUCCACACGGAAGUAAUACAAAUAACGCUUUUCAAAACAAAAGCAGCACCGUUGUAUUGCACACUCGACAUAGACACUUUUUAAAAUGUAUUUUGUAAUUCAUGAUUGGCCUCACGCGGGCCGGACAGGGACGCACAAAAGGCCGGAUGUGGCCCGCGGGCCGCCGAAUGCCCAGGUCUGAUUUAGAGUAAUAUGACUCAAGUCAAGGUCAAAACUGGUCAUCCAAAUAGUUACUUGAGUAAGUAUUCAGUGAAAAAAGUACUCGAGUACUGAGUAACUGGUGAUUAACUUCUGAUUCAUAUCCUAACUCAGUUAAUGGUACUUGCACACUUCAAUCAAUCAAUCAAAGUGUAUUUAUAUAGCCCUAAAUCAUGAGUGUCUCAAAGGGCUGCACAAGCCACAACGACAUCAGGGCAAGAACAAACUCAACCCAAUGGGAUACAAUGAGAAACCUUGGAGGGGACCGCAGAUGUGGGGACCCCCAACCCUGGUGCAAUGGAAGUCGAGUGUACCUAGUUAAUAGUGUGAGAGUCCAGUCCAUAGUGGGGCCAGCAGGGGAUCAUCUUGAGUGGAGACAAGUCAGCAGCGCAGAGACGUUAUCAACUGAUGCACAGAUGAGUGGUCCACCCCUGGUCCCGACUUUGAACAGCUAGCACUUCAUCUGUGGUCACCUAAUAACCUCUCCACGCAGGGGCAGAGCAGAAAAGAGACGGCAGAUCGACUGAUCUAAAAGGGGGGUCUAUUUAAAGGCUAGUGUAUACAAAUGAGUUUUAAAAUGAGACCUCAACUGUAGUUAAGUGUGAAUGUGUGUGUGAGAGACACUACCAUACAUAGUAUGCUCUACAAAACACUGAUGACGUCAUAACAGGCUAAUGUUAGCAUAUGCUAGCUAAAACAUGUAAACAUCGACAACUCUCGUUGGAAGUGGAAUUCUUGGAGGCUGAAAUGUGAACAUUUGUCACACAGAUUAUGGUAUAAAGGUUCUUCUUCACACUCUGUAGGUGUUGAAGAGUUAUGUCACUUUUUACAGUGUGCAGUUGCAGUGCUGUCAUGUGACUGCCAGGCUUCAUUUGAUUGGUCAAAGGUCGCCAGUGCUUACAUUGCAUUAGUAAAACACGUCCCUCUAAGAAACGAUAAGACAUUGCAAGCUGUUAUUAAGAUAUUAUAAAUAUAAUAAUUAGAGAUGUCCGAUAAUAUCGGACUGCCGAUAUUAUCGGCCGAUAAAUGCUCUAAAAUGUAAUAUCGGAAAUUACCGGUAUCGUUUUCAAAAAGUAAAAUGUAUGACUUUUUAAAACGCCGCUUUGUACACGGACGUAGGGAGAAGUACAGAGCGCCAAUAAACCUUAAAGGCACUGCCUUUCCGUGCUGGCCCAAUCACAUAAUAUCUACGGCUUUUCACACACAGAAGUGAAUGCAAAUCAUACUUGGUCAACAGCCAUACAGGUCACACUGAAGGUGACCGUAUGAACAACUGUUACAACACUGUUACAAAUAUGCGCCACACUGUGAACCCACACCAAACAAGAAUGACAAACACAUUUCGGGAGAGCAUCCGCACCUUAACACAACAUAAACACAACAGAACCAAUACCCAGAACCCCUUGCAGCACUAACUCUUCCAGGACGCUACAAUAUACACCCCCCGCUACAACCUACCCCCCCCCCCCCCCCACGCCCCCCAUCUCAACCCUGCCCACCUCAACCUCCUCAUGCUCUCUCAGGGAGAGCAUGUCCCAAAUUCCAAGCUGCUGUUUUGAGGCAUGUUAAAAGAAAUAAUGCACUUUGUGACUACAAUAAUAAAUAUGGCAGUGCCAUGUUGGCAUUUUUUCCCAUAACUUGAGUUGAUUUAUUUUGGAAAACCUUGUUACAUUGUUUAAUGCAUCCAGCGGGGCUUCACAACAAAAUUAGGCAUAAUAAUGUGUUAAUUGCCAUCAGUGUGUGAAUGUGUGUGUGAAUGGGUAAAUGUGGAAAUACUGUCAAAGCGCUUUGAGUACCUUGAAGGUAGAAAAGCGCUAUACAAGUAUAACCCAUUUAUCAUUUAUUUGCACGACUGUAUAGAUCAGUAUCGGUUGAUAUCAGGAUUGGUAAUUAAGAGUUGGACAAUGUCGGAAUAUCGGAUAUCGGCAAAAAAGCCAUUAUCGGACAUCUCUAAUAAUAAUGAUAUGAAAUGUCGGAAUGAAUCUCAGUCCAAAGUAAAAGUAGUUUUUCUUCUUCACAAAAAUACUCAAAUGAAAGUUAAAAAGUAUUAAAACUACGCUGGCAAGUAUAAUUUACAUAAGUAAAUGUAGCGCGUUACUGACUAUACAGCAGAACAUUUACAGGCCCCGUAAUAAAGACUCUCUCACUAUUAUGUUUGGUGAAAGCAAUGUUUCUAAAUUGUAUCAUAACUGUGUUGCAUUUUUCUGCUGUAGUGCAUGUUAUUGAUUGUAAUAAAUGUAUUGUUC